UUGAAAUUUAAUUACAGGACAAAAUAAUAUAUCAGUAUUGAUAGCGUAACCUAGACAUUCACGUGGUUAAGUGCGAUGUUUAUGUGUCUACAAGUUCAUCGGUUGUCGAGCAUUUGUCGGUUGAGGGCAUUUAUCGCUAUCCCCGACCGACCGAGUGCCAGAGUUCCCCUUCUUCCGCGUUUUCAUCCAAUAGAACGUAACCUGAAUGUCCACGAACACGUCAGUUUCAUCCUGUUGAAGGACGCAGGUAUCCCGGUGCCCCAGUUCGGCGUGGCCAAAACGAAACAAGAAGCCGGGAAUAUCGUCCGUCAGUUGAACCUGAAGGAUAUCGUGCUGAAGUCUCAAGUGCUAGCUGGUGGAAGGAGGAAAGGACACUUCAAACAAAGCAACAAAGGAGGAAUCCAGAUGUGCUUCUCUCCUGAGGAAGCCGAAGAUCUUGCAGGGCAAAUGCUGGGAGAUUUCCUCGUCACCAAACAGACUGGGGAGGCAGGGAGAAUCUGCAACGCUGUGAUGGUGUGUGAGAGGAAAUACCCUCGGAGAGAGUUUUACUUCGCAAUCAUGAUGGAACGAACAUAUGGCGGUCCCGUAGUUAUUGCAUCAUCAGAAGGAGGAGUUGAGAUAGAGGAGGUAGCUGCCCAUCACCCAACAGCCAUUAUAUACCAGCCUGUAGACAUCAUUCAAGGCCUCUCCAAGGAGACUGCGCUGAGUGUGGUAGACAAGGUUGGUCUCCAAGGGCAAAGAGAACAAAUAGCCGACAUGUUGCUCAAAUUGUAUGCUCUGUUCAUCAAGAAGGAUGCAAUGCUCAUUGAGGUUAACCCUUUUGCUGAAGACAUCACAGGCAACUACUACUGUCUAGACUGCAAGACAAAGUUUGAUGACAGUUCAGACUAUAGACAAAAAGAGCUGUUCGUUUUCAGGGACUGGUCACAGGAAGACCAGAAGGAAGAGAGAGCGACCAAAGCAAACUUGAACUACAUCGCUCUGGAUGGAGACAUUGCUUGCAUGGUGAAUGGAGCCGGUCUUGCCAUGGCUACCAUGGAUAUUAUCAAAUUCCAUGGGGGUAAUCCAGCAAACUUUCUAGACGUAGGUGGAGGGUCAUCAGCUCAGCAGGUCAAGGAAGCUUUCGAAAUCCUUGUUUCUGACCCUAAGGUGAGGAGCAUCUUUGUGAACAUAUUUGGAGGUAUUAUGCGGUGCGACAUCAUUGCAGAAGGGAUCAUCGAAGCAGCUCGGGAGUUGAGACUCAAAGUGCCUAUUGUAUGCAGGCUGCAGGGAACCAAUAUGGAUAAAGGCUCACUUCUGAUUGCCAACAGUGGGCUCAAGAUAAUAUCUGUUGAAGACUUUGAUGAAGCAGCUCGUCUGUCUGUGAAACUCUCUGCCAUAAUCAGUCUUGCUGAUGACAUCCAUUUAGAUGUAAAUUUUGAGAUACCACAAUAACAUUACUACCAGAAUAUUAAGAGCUAGCUGUAGUGGAACCAUCUUGAGUUUGACCCCAUUAGAAUAAUGUUAAACCUCACACACUUACCUAACACUUUUAUACCAUUAUUUUAGAUUGAAUAGCUAUAGGAUGUCUCAUUUUAAAGAUAUGGUUAAUACACAUCUAAAUAUAAUUUUUUAAUAUUUAAAUGAUGAAGCAUAAAAAGUUUUAACAAUGUUAUGAAUAACUAUUAAAAUAUUAGAAAAAAUGUGUGAAUAGCGUAUUAAUCAUAUCUUUAAAAUUGUGUAUAUUCCAUAGUUUUAUGACUAAAAAUACAGUGAUAAAAGUGUAUGAAGUUAAAUUGCUCUUAUGUGGCUAAAGUUGAUAUAAUCACCAGAACAGCUGGCUCUAAUUAGAUAAACUUUAUCAGUUAUGGUGUAGUUAUCAAAGCAACAUUUCUAGCAGGCCUUAUCUAACAAAAUUAUCUGUUUUAAAUCAAAUAAGUUAUAUAUAAAAGUAUUGGCUGUAUUUAUACUAAUAAUUAUUUACUUUAUGCCUUUCAAGUGAUUGGUAAACUAUAAAAAAAUCAAAAUAAAAAAUAUCAUGAUUGGAAUUGUGCUGGUAACUAUGUAAUUACAUUUUAUAGUUCAAUUAUAUGUGAGUU